CCUUCGCUUGUGAAUCCUUGUACUAUAUUUAUUACUCUAUAAACACUGUCAAACAUGGCAAGGUCGUAUCUAACAGCCGCUCAACUCGACGGCUUCAGACGAUACAAGUAUUCCUCGAGGGACACAAGCCCACUAGCCGUGUACAUAAUGCAUCCAUUUUGGAAUAAUGCGGUCAAGAUAUUUCCAACAUGGCUAGCACCUAAUGUCAUGACAUUUCUUGGGUGGGUAUUGACGGUCGCCAUUUUUAUCGUUUUAUGCUAUUAUGACCCAUACCUUGUAGCUGCAGGGUCUCGUAAUGGCCAUCACGAACAGUAUAACAUACCACAGUGGAUCUGGAUCUAUAUUGCUAUUGCACACUUCUCUGCACACACCCUAGAUGGCUGUGAUGGUAAACAAGCGAGGAGAACAAACAGCAGUUCACCACUGGGGGAGCUUUUUGACCAUGGUAUAGACAGUAUGGCAAUAUGGUUGAUUGGAGUAUGUGUAUUCUCUAUAUUUGGCCAGGGGCCACUGUCCUUAACCAUGUGGGAGUAUCAUUGGAUUGUUGUGGUGAUACUUAUAGGAUUCUAUGUGGCUCACUGGGAGAAAUAUAUAACUGGAGUACUGUUUCUCCCUUGGGCUUAUGAUUUCAGUCAGCUGACGCUGCUUGGUAUUUACCUAAGCGCUCAUUUUUUUGGUAUCAAUUUUUGGAAGUUUCCACUGUAUAAGGAUAUCUACCUCACACAUGUCUUUAAAUGGAUUGCACAUUCAUCGUUCUUUUGCUGCUUUUUCCCGCUAUCUUUAUAUAAUAUUUACAGAUCUAAGGUUGAAAAGACAGAUCGUGGGUUGUCGUUAGGAGAAGCCCUAAAACCUGGAAUUCCACUGUUUACAUGUCUUUCGUUGUUCACACUCUGGGCCUGGUAUUCCCCAAGCAAUAUCCUUCAAGCACAUCCAAGAUUGUUUUUCACGUCUUUAGGAAUUGUUUUCUCAAAUGCUACUUGUCGCCUCAUAGUCAGUACGAUGAGCCAUCAGAAAUGUGAAAUAUUCAACUACAUGUUAAUUCCUUUAAUAUUUAUUAACAUAGCCGUCUUUUUAGUCGAUUUUAACGAAGUGUAUGUUCUUGCAAUUUACACGUUAAUCAUUGGUUGUGCUCACGUGGAUUAUGGCGUUGGUGUAGUCAACGAAAUGUGUAACAUGUUAAGAAUACGAUGCUUCUCGCUUAAGCCGUUAUGAACAUAGUUUUGCGUCAGGUUCUUUAAUUUAUGGUACGCAAAUUUCUCGCCCAUGUACAUUCUCCAUCUGAAAGGCUGCAUACAAUCGAUGGGAACUAACAAGGAAUAGUAAAAUGUUUAAUGCAGGCGCGUGAUCUUUGGUUGCCUAGUUUUAGUUUUACAAUCCAAUUAUUUGGCAUCAUUGAUUUAAGCCCCGUUUUUACACUACACUCGAUUUAUUGGCACAGCACGGCUAAAAUGGGUACCGUGCCCAUUUCAUGUGUGCUUGGCUUUUGUUUCGGUAAGUUUAAGUUUAAUCAUUUGUCACAACACAAUACAAUUAUUACGCAUAUACAUGUACAAUAACAGAGGACAUAGGUGUGACAGAGAAGAGGAACAGGACUUGCGUCCCAAUUGACACCUGAGCCCAAUAUAACUAGACUUUGCCACUUGUCGCCCACCAAUCUAUCGCAAUGAUAACAUUCAUAUGAUUCAUUUGAUUAUGAAUAACUUGACUGAUUCAUUCAUAUCGGUAGCCUGAACACUAAUAGUACGGGGGUACUGGUACAAAUUUUAGCCGUGCCGAUAAAUUGAGUGUAGGCUAUAAAAUUGGGCUAUAAAAUUGAUGAUGAAUUGCGAUUUUGAAUUCGCAUUGAAUGAUUGACAUGCAUGUCUGUGGCAAUAGGUUUCAUUGUCUCACACGUAUAUAGUUAAAAUUGAUAUUACCCAGAUUACACACGUUCUCGUAUUUCUAUGGUGUAAAAUGUGGAAGAUAUCAUCUACUGUAUUUGAAACGAAUCCUAAUUCGCCAAGGCAGUUAAAGAUGCACAUAACGUCUACCAUAACAUACCGAUUCGUCUUUAUUUUAAUCGUGGUUUUUUGACGCUAUAUAUUUGAAUACUACUCCAGUUUUUCCAGCUUAGUAACUCACAUUUCGCAGAGUCUAAUCUCUGUCCAAUAUUGCAUGCCCAAUUUUGAAAAGAAUCUGGAGCAAGGCCUUUACUUUAAAGCAUAUAGAACUGUUUUACAUUAAAGAUAUAAUUAAUGAUUCAAGUUGUAAUGGUAAGCAGUUA